UGAUUAAGUAGUAUAAAUGAUGGUUAAAAGCUUUUGGUAAAUCGUGCAUCUUUCUUUUACGGGAUCGCCAUUCAGCAUUUAUCAUGAUUCGUGCUCUCUAUCUUCUUUCUGUCAUCUUCUUCCUUGUUGCUGGACUACUCCAGGCAGCUAAUUUUGUUUUAGCUGUGCUUGGAGGAUGUCUUCUUCUUGUGUUGAUAUUUGCAAUUGCAUAUUCAUUCAUCUACAUAAGAGAGUUAUUGUCAAAAAAUCAAAGGCCUCCAGUCGCAGGUCCAAUCUUUAAUCAACUAAUACACUUCAAUGAUCUCUUUGAUUACCAAACAUUGCUUGCACGGAGAUACAGCACUUACAGGCUGAUUGUGCCAACGCACAGUGAAAUUUACACUGCUGAUCCAGUGAAUAUUGAGUACAUUCUGAAAACUAACUUCUCUAAUUAUGGCAAGGGGGAAUACAAUUGUGGAAUCAUGAGAGAUCUAUUUGGUGAUGGUAUUUUUGCUGUGGAUGGAGAAAAAUGGCGCCACCAACGAAAGCUUGCAAGCUAUGAGUUCUCGACAAAAGUUUUGAAGGACUUUAGUACUUCAAUAUUCCGGAGAAAUGCUGUUAAAUUAAUCAUGAAGAUAUCGGCAACAGCAGGAGCAAAGCAAAUAAUAGACAUGCAGGAUUUGCUGAUGAAAUCAACUUUAGACUCGAUAUUCAAGGUUGGAUUCGGAACAGAACUAAAUACGUUAUCUGGCUUAGAUGAUUCUGGGAACAGUUUUACCAAGGCUUUUGAUGAUUCUAAUGCGAUUGUGUAUUGGCGAUAUGCUGAUAUCCUGUGGAAAGUCAAAAGGUUCUUAAAUGUUGGUCUGGAAGCUUCUCUUAAGCGAAAUCUCAAAACUAUUGACAACUUCAUCUUUGAAUUAAUCCGCCUCAAGAAGGAGCAGAUGAAAACUGGAGUGAUUGAUGGUGGUAAAGAAGACUUAUUGUCAAGAUUUUUGAUUGAGAGUGAGAAUGACCCCGAGAAAAUGACUGAUAAAUACUUGAGGGACAUAACUCUCAAUUUUAUCAUUGCUGGUCGGGAUACAUCUGCCAACACUCUCACUUGGUUCUUUUACAUUCUCUGUAAACAUCCUUACCUUCAAGAUAAGAUUGUCCAUAAUGUAAGAAGGGCAACUGGAUCAGAGAAUAAUAUCUCUGCUGAAGAAUUUGCGGAAUCAAUGACGGAAGAGGCCUUAGAUAGGAUGCAUUAUCUGCACGCAGCUCUAACUGAGACUCUCAGACUAUACCCGGCUGUACCAGUGGAUGGCAAGUGUGCGUUGGAGGAUGAUAUUCUACCUGAUGGCUUCAAAGUCAUGAAGGGAGAUGGUGUCAACUACCUUACUUAUGCCAUGGGAAGGAUGACCUACAUAUGGGGAGAUGAUGCAGAGACGUUUCGUCCCGAGCGGUGGCUGGAUGACAGAGUCUUCCGACCAGAAAGUCCUUUCAAGUUCACUGCAUUUCAGGCUGGGCCCAGGAUUUGCUUGGGUAAAGAGUUUGCUUACAGACAAAUGAAGAUCUUGGCUGCUCUUCUGGUGCACUUUUUCAAGUUCAAGCUUGUUGAUGAGAAGGACGCGACAUAUCGGACUAUGUUCACCCUUCACAUGGAUCAGGGGCUUCAUUUGCACGCACUUCCUAGGUUCUGAAAAUAUUUAUGUUCAUUUUUUGCCUAUUAAUCCAAUUCUCGUGUGUGUAUAUAUUGCUUGAAAACCUUUGCUACAUAAAUGUAUAAUUCCAGUUAAUGGUACUUCCAUGCCCUUUUGAUGAAAUCAAAUACCUACUUCAUCUUUUUA